UGCAGAAGCGUAAGCGGUCCUCAAAAGUCGCGCCUCUAUCUCUCUCUCUCUCUGCUUCCAAUCCACCUCUUCAAUGAAUUCCGAUUCCGAUUCCGAUUCCGACGGCUCUCACGUCUCGGCGACCCCGCCGAGACAUCCUCAACCCCCUCCUCCGCCGCCGCCCUCUCUUCUCUCCUCCAACGAAUCCAAAAUCAAGCUCGCGGCCAUCGCUGCCCACUCACACCCCAUUCCAAACCCCAAACCAAAACCAAAACCAAAACCAAAACCAAAAUCAAAACCAAAAUCAAAGCCAUCCUGCCAGCAAGCAAAACCACCUCCAAGGCAGGAUUAUAUUCCAUCUACGACUCCAAUUCCCUCGCCAGAUCUCUCCGCCUUGCCAUUCGAAAUCCACCGCUCAAACAAUGAAAUUCACGUGGAUAGUUCCACAAGCAAUAUUCCUGCUGGGGGUUUGUACUUGUCCAAGUUCGCAUCCUUCUCCAAGACUCGAAGGCCGAUCCCCAAUAUGGAGUUUCCCGAGGAUGGUCCUGCUGUUACCCCAGGAUCAGGUCCGCCGCCACGGCCAACUGAGCUUGGGGAGGCCGGGAAUUCGACGAGGGCUGUGAAAAGGUAUCCUAAUUUGAUUGGAGGACGUAAUCUUUAUGCGAUGCCAGUGAAGCGGGUGAAGAGUGGUAAUGAAGGGAACUUUGUGAGGCUGAACAUUAAUGGAUACGGAAGCAAAUUUAAGAAGUUCAAGGGCAAGCGGAAAAGAUACAGUGUAUCGAAUUCACGUAGAUCUUUUAGGAGAAGUAAGAGAACAUCGAGAGUUUUGUGUGAUGAAGAUGCUGAUGUUCUAAAGGUGGGCAAGCGGCCUGGAUAUGAAAUGGACAAAAAGGUGAUUGAAGAGGCAGUGAUGGGUGUCCAAGACGAGGCGUCUGACGAUAAUCUUUUGAAGUUGUUGAAGCUCACUCAUGGGUACGAUUCAUUUCGCGAUGGUCAACUGGAGGCAAUCAAGUUGGUGCUUUCGGGGCAAUCUACCAUGCUUGUUUUGCCAACUGGGGCGGGAAAGUCACUAUGUUAUCAGCUGCCGGGGAUAGUCUUACCGGGGAUUACUCUUGUUGUGAGUCCUUUAGUGGCCUUGAUGAUCGAUCAACUUAAACAUCUACCUCCGAUGAUUGAGGGUGGCCUUCUUUCUAGUGCCCAGACACAUGAAGAGAUGUGCGAAACGCUGAAGCUGCUACAAGAAGGAACCAUAAAGGUGCUUUUUGUUUCACCAGAGAGAUUUUUAAAUGCAGACUUUAUCUCCAUUUUAGCUGUCUCUCCACCUAUAUCACUUCUGGUGGUGGAUGAAGCCCAUUGCAUAUCUGAAUGGUCACAUAAUUUCCGGCCUUCAUAUAUGAGGCUUAGGGCAUCCUUACUUCAUACUGAACUUAAUGUUCAAUGCAUUCUUGCAAUGACAGCAACUGCAACCACCAAAACUCUGAAUGAUGUAAUGUGUGCUCUUGAGAUUCCUCCAACAAAUCUCAUCAAGGCAGCCCAGUUGAGGGACAACUUACAAUUAUCAAUUACAUUAACCAGCAAUAGAAUAAAGGACCUGAUGAAGUUGAUCAAGUCUUCACCCUUUGCAGAAGUUAAAAGCUUAAUUGUAUACUGCAAAUUUCAGUCUGAAACUGAUUUAAUAAGCAAAUACUUAUGUGACAACAAUGUUCCAGCAAUGAGUUACCACAGUGGUAUACCCACCAAAGAUCGAAGCCGUAUUCAGGAAUUAUUUUGUUUGAACAAGAUCAGAGUGGUUGCUGCAACUGUGGCAUUUGGUAUGGGACUUGACAAAAGUGACGUUGGAGCUGUUAUCCAUUACACCUUGCCAGAAAGCUUGGAAGAGUAUGUUCAGGAGAUUGGACGUGCUGGAAGGGAUGGUAGAUUAUCUUAUUGCCAUCUCCUUUUUGACAAUAACACAUACUUUAAGCUCCGCAGUCUCAUGUACAGUGAGGGUGUAGAUGAAUAUGCAGUUAGCAGAUUCCUCUCUCAAGUUUUUUGCAGUAAUGAGGAUUCACAUGGGAAAAUUUGUUCAUUAGUUAGAGAGCCCGCAUCUCGUAAAUUUGAUAUGAAAGAAGAGGUGAUGCUGACCAUUCUAACUCACUUGGAAUUGGGUGAAGUGCAAUAUUUGCGCAUGCUUCCACAGAUAAAUGUAACCUGCACUUUAAAUUUUCAUCAGACUCCUGCUGCAUUGCUUGCAGCCAAGGAUAUUUUACUUUCUGCAAUUAUCAAGAAGUCUGAUACUAAGAAUGGGCACUAUGUAUUUGACAUGCCAACUGUGGCAAAUAGCAUUGGGAUCUCAGCUGCUGAUGUAUCAAAUCAUUUACAGGAGCUUAAGUCAAAAGGGGAGAUCUCAUAUGAGACGAAGGACCCUGCCUACUGCUACACUAUUGUGGAUGCUCCAAAAGAUUUUUGCUCUCUUGCAGCACACCUUACGAAGUGGCUGUCCGAGGUUGAAAGUUGCAAGGUGCGGAAAAUAGACACAAUGUUUAAUGCUUCAGUUUUUGCGGUGCAAGAGUGCAAGAAGAUGAAUGGUUGCAGUGGCUCUCAACACACUUCAUGCUUGCAGAAAAAGAUAUUGGAAUACUUCAAUGGAGAUGAUGGAAAUGACAUUCCUAUUAAGAUGGACCAAAGCAGCCGGUUCUUACGAGCAGAUAUUAAGGUCUUUUUACGAAGUAAUUCUCAAACCAAAUUUACUCCCAGAGCUGUUGCGCGGAUAAUGCAUGGCAUUGGCAGUCCAGCCUAUCCUUCAGCAAUUUGGUCCAAAACCCAUUUCUGGUAUCAGUCAAUAAAUACUUCCUUUUUUGUUGGGGGUACUUAUUUCGUUUUAUGGGGAUCUAGGUGCCAGUGGCUAAAGUAAAUUGAACAGCUGGAACUAUAACAGGCUGACAUUUGGUAUCUGUUUUUUCUUUUGGUAAUAUGCUGCUCUUGGCCUUGUUUCAGAAGAAUCAAAACCAGUUCCAGGCACUGCAAACCAACUGGUUUUAGAACCUGUACUGUUUGGCAUAUCCUUGUUCCAUCUCUUUUAUGAAGUCAAAGGCCCAAUUGAAACCAAAUCAUAUUUGCCUCAUCCAGUUUUCACAUUAUCCAAGCAGCCCUGAAAGUCCUAAGAACAAGAGAGUUAUAUAGAACAUGUGGUUGGACUUGUCGAAUGACACUUACUCUUGCAAGAUUCACAUCACUGAAAUUUGCCUAUUCUUUUUUCACACUCAUAUCCAUGACAAAAUGCGGGACAAAGGUGUUGCACUGUCUUUCCAUUGUGAAAUUGCAUACCUAACAUGAAUUACUCAUAAAAAUCUUGUCAUUCCUAGAAUUCUAAAAGAUACUGCACAUCAUGAAUUAACCAUUGUGCAAUGAGAACUUGAAUCAGAUCCAUACUACAUAAUUUGCAGUGUCCAAUAGUAAUUUUGUGGGCAGAUGGUAAUUUUGCUGGUCUAAGUCAGGUGGCUUAGGUGAUCAUACAGUAAGAAUUCAAUGAAGUAAAAUUUUCUGUGUAUUUUUGGUAGUUACUUGUGAUCUGUCAAAAAAUUAAGGAUGAGAAGAUGAGCUACUUAAGGCAAUG